UUAUUUUAAUAUGGGGAUAUACAGUGAAUUCUGCUUUGGGUGAUAAUCAUCAAAUCAAAUCACUGCUUUGGAGUCUGAUUAUUUCAAUCAUGUGGUUAGAUUUAGCUCCGGUGUUGAUUAAACAGCUAAAACUUGACAUACACAGGUAGGCCACUGGAGCGUCAGACCGGCACGGCAGGGAUUCGCAUUUCCAGUAGACUACAACAGGGCGACCCGCUUGAAGAGGUGUCUAUAAAUGAUCCAUGGCUGUGACUAGUGGUCAAACGAGCAGCUGUAAAACGGUGGAUAAACAACUAUAAUUCCCCCGUUAGUUUUACUGCUUACUCUUCCUCGCUGCAGUAUUAGUAGUAUUGUUUUUAAUGAAUCUAUUCGGCAUUUAAUUUCCUAUAAAUUCUUCACAAUAAAAGUCCACCGUUAUUUUGUUAUUUAAAAGCUUUUAUAAUGAAGAGGUAACAUCCGGAAAUGCUUGGUUUUCAUCAGCAGUAACUUAACAUGACUCCUAAUGUAGCUUAAAGCGAACAUGACAUUGUCAAAUAAAGCAAAUAUCUAAAAGUACAAACAGGGACGAAGGAGAUAAACUAAACUUCUAACCACAGAGAUUCAGUUAGAAGCUACAUAAGUACUGAGAGCUGAACACAAACGCAGACUUUUAAAAAUGUCCGCGUAUGUCUCCCGCACUGACACGAGCGGAGUCACGCGCGUAACACCGGCUAGUUUGAGAAAGAGAAGGGGGGUCGGUCGCCAUUGGCCCGCUAGGAGGCGGGUCGGGCGCACUUUCGCCCGACUCCGGAGAUGGUCCAUCUCGGGGCGCGGCUCGGCACAACUCAGCACGCUACAACUGGCUGAGCAGUGAAGCGCUGUGUGAUCAGCUUAUACAGCCCAUGGUGAGCAGUGACUCCAGGCAGCAGAUAGAUCAACCUCUGAAGAGAGGAACUCUUCCCACAUGGACUCCGACACUGCGGGCAGCGUGCAGUAUGACCGCUGGAACGAGGACAACAUCAACAUGCACGUAGACCCACCACAGUCUACUGUGAAGAGGAUCUACAACACAGUGUGUAGCGGCAACUCUGGAAAAGUGGUGAAGAUAGCAGGAGCUUUGGCUGCACUGGUGUCCAUCUACAUCCUAGGAUACGUGACAGGAUACUACGUCCAUAGGUGCUGAUGGUGGAGCCCUGAGAAUUUGGAUAAACCACAACUUCCAAAAAAGUUUUGUAAAUAAAAAUCACUAAAGAAUGAUCUGUCUAUCAUCAUCUAUGUCCUCCCUCAGUUUCAGUGUCAGUGUCGUAGUCAUCAGAGCAGAAUUCUCUUUGUUGCUUUUCUUUCCUUGCAUCAUGGAUCACUUGCAUCGUUGUGCAUUUGUCUUUUUGGACAAAUCACCGCUGCAUGGAUUGAUUUUGCAGCUGGUUGAGCGUGAAAAGUCCUUUUAAUUUUGAUGAUCUCCAAGCAACUACUUUCCUUUGAGGAACAUUCAUCAACCAACAUAGAACUUCAAAGUAUUUGGUAACUUUAAGUAUUACUGCAAUGCUUACAACAAACAGAAACUCAAACUUCCUUAAAAUGAAAUCUAGUGCUUACCACUUAAUAUGAAAAUAAGUUGUUACGACAAAAAUAACUAAACAAUUGAUUCUGAAUUGUUGAAAUGGAUUUUGUAUCUGCAUGGAAAACUCACUUUUGCAUUUUAAAUAAAUACCAUACCUUU